GGCAGGGUUAGUGUUUGUUUCUAGCAGAUGGGGGAUGUGGAGGUCUAGAAGAAGCAGCUCAGGCUUAACAUGCUUAUCUGCUGAACAGCAGCCUCUAUGUGUAUAUAAAAUCUUCCUCAGUCAGCUGUUUUUCGGAGUUGUACCUCUUUGUAGGAUACUGGUAAUUGAGUUGUUCCUUUCAGCUGUUUCUAGUUCUCUGUGUUUGUAGAGCUCGAAUCUCACCGUGCUCGCUUGUAGUGAACAUCUGUUGCUGUUGUGCGGUCUCUGCAGGUAGAGUGAGCUCUUUCCUUGGCUGAUUUAUUGAGUUCGUCUGAGUUUUGUUUGGGGAAAAAACCUAUUUGCCUCUCACGUCGGGUGCUUGAGAGUCCAGAGUUGUCUCUUUCGUGGGUUUGUUUUAGCGAGCUAACGGAGCAGGAAGUGUUUAACCUCAGUGAGAGUCUAUGUGGUCCUGACUGAAUUCAAGACUUUGGCUCGGUGCCUGGAAUUCCAUGUGCUGUGCGAUCAAGUCCGGAAGCUUGUUGAAGCGCUCGCUGAUGUCUUGUUCCGAGUGGUCCAGAUCGUGUGAAGUUAUAAUCUGAAAACAAAAACAUAAUGUUGCAUGAUUGUUUUUUCUUGGAUUAGCAGUGUAACUGGAGGUUGCUCUCAGCUCUACAGAACAUUUUAGCGUUUUUAAACUCAUUGUUUUGGGAGGGGGGGGGGGGGGUGUUUUUUGAAACAAUACAGAAAAUGAUUGAAAUCCCAUCUUAAAGAGCUUUCGAUGUAAAAUCCAUGUUUAUUUGAAGAUAAUGACUUUUUAUUUUACCAUAGUCUCUUUAUUUCAACCUGCUCUGCCUAGACACUGAGCUGUGGUUCCUCUGGCCUGUUGUCUUUUCUACUUGCAUUGUGACAGUUUAAUUUAAUUAUCUGAUUAUUCACUUUGUCAAUAAUGUUAUGAGCCUCAAAAACACAACAACAGUUGACUCCAAACCAAGCAUUUCUAUCCAUGUUGUAUCCAAACUGGAAUGUCUCUUUGUAGCAUUGAAGCACAGCUGAUUCGUUGAUAAGAUGUGAUGUCACACUGACGUUUCUUUAUUAGGUUGGGAAGGUUUGAGGAUUUGGCUGCAGUCCGACACCAACGGCUGAGAAGCAGCAAGUCACUGUAACUUCAUCUGGAGGAGUUUAACAGGGAACCACGAUGACGGCACACGAUCUUUGGAAAACUCUGGUGAACCUGUCAGAAGAACAGUUCAAGGAGUUCAAGUGGUUCCUGAAGCAGGAAGACAUCCAUGAGGGCUUCUCAGCCAUCUCAGCGGCCCGGCUGGAGAGGGCAGACAGGCAAGAUACUGUCGAUCUGAUGGUGCAAAAAUAUGGCUGCCCUGGAGCUCUGGAGAUAACCAUGAGCAUUUUAGAGGAGAUCAGCAGGAAUGAUCUGAAGCAGUGUUUGUUCAACACUGUUGGCUCCAGACGAAAAGACCUUAAGAAUCAUGACUCUCCUCCUCUCAAUUGUGAUUAUGGAAGAAUGAAGUCCAAGCUUGUGGAGACAACGGCUGAGAUUAAGCUGAUGAUCCAGAAGAGAGAGAUGAAGAUCUUGGAAAUCAACCGCUCAGCAGAGAUCAGCAGUAAAUCUGCAGACACACACAUCGCAGACAGUGAGCAGGUCUUUACUGUUUUGCAGCAGUCUGUCAAGAGAAUUCUGGGUAAUCUCAUUGAGGCAAUAAAAGAAAAGCGUGAAACGACAAAGAAACACGCCAAAGGAUUCAUCCAAGAGCUGGAGCAGGAAAUCUCUGAGCUGAGAAAGAAAGGCGCUGAGGUGGAGCAGCUCUCACGCACCGCAGACCACCCUGAAUUUCUGCAAAGAUUCUCGUCCCUUAAUGCUAUUCCACCCACCAAGAACUGGACAGAAGUCAGCAUCCCUCCACCGUCAUAUGGGGGAAGUGUGGGGGUCGCCAUGAAUCAGCUGGAGGGAACACUUGUGAAAGAGAAGGAGAAAUUGUUUGCUAAAACCAAGCUGAAAAGGGUCCAGCAGUUUGCAAAGCAUGUGACUUUGGAUCCCGAUACAGCAAAUGCCAAUCUCAUUUUGUCUGACGAUGGGAAAACAGUUCACUGUGGUGACGCAACACGAAACCUCCCAGACAACCCAGAAAGAUUUAAUCCUGCUAUAAAUGUCUUGGGAAAGCAGAGUUUCUCUUCGGGGAGGUUUUACUACGAGGUUCAGGUUAAAGGGAAGACUUCCUGGGAUUUAGGCGUCGUCAAAGAGUCGAUCAACAGGAAGGGGUCGAUCUCAGCAAGCCCCGAGAAUGGCUUCUGGACGAUAUGUUUAAGGAAAGGAGAUGAGCACAAAGCUCCUGCUGUCAAUCUUAGUGUAAAAACUCAGCUGGAGAAGGUGGGCGUGUUUGUGGAUUAUGCGAAGGGUUCAGUCUCCUUUUAUGACGUUGACUCUGCAGACCUUAUCCACAGCUUUACUGACUGCUCCUUCACUGAGAAACUCUACCCAUUCUUCAGUACCGGUCGUCAUUACGAUGGUAAAAACGCCACCCCUCUGAUCAUCUCUACUGUCAAUUACGAUUAGAUUUGAUAAAUCAUCUACUUCUGCAACUGAUUCAGCAAUUUAAGAAACAUCGCAAAUUAUAGCAACUGUGAUGUUUGUGUUUAAACAAGUUCAUGAUCUACAACAGUGUAGGAGAUGAGUGAAAUGCUUUGAAACUGUCUGAAAAUGUAUCAGGAUUUGGUUUUAGUACCCAGAUGUACCACUAGACAGAGCCACGUCCUCUGUGAUGAAAUGGAGUUAAAGAUGCGUCUGUGAAUAAAUGUCUUUGAUGUAAUCGUGUGGAAAUCCCUUCCUUGUAUUCGUCUGCUGGCUUUCCCAGUCAGCUAGCGUUGAAGAACUCAUGCAAAGUCCUGUUGACCUGUUUACUGUAGUAGAAUGUUUCAAUGGUAUACUGGUACACGGUGAGCCCUCAGACAGAGCGUUGGUCUGAGACAGUAAGCCAACCAGCAAAGGACUCAGAACUGAUCUACAGUGUAAAAUACUCGACUCUACUUAUAAUAAUUGAUGCAUUCAUGUGUUCAUCAUUUUAAUGUUGC